UGUUGGCAAUGAACUCCACCUCCUCUGGGCCUCCAGACUUGCUGAUGAGCAACGCCAGCUCCGCUCUGGCAGGGGGCGCUGUUUCACUGUAUAAAGACAGCUUCUCUAAUGCUCUGACUAAGAACAUAGUGGCCAUGUUGGUAUGGCUAGCCCUCAGCGUCAUCAACAGCAGCAUGGUGCACACCUUCCUACGACACAGGUACGCAGAGCUGACUGACACCACAACAACACAAAACACCCGAUGUUACCAUGAUUCGAAUUAUUUAAUCAGAUUUAUCGCCUGGCGAGCUCACACAUACAAGGAAUUUGUCUCGGUGACAUAAACAGAAGCCUAAAAAAAAAAGAAAACAAUAUAAAAUAUACAAAAAGUCUAAUAAAACGGGGAUUUACAUAAUGAAUUAUUGUACUCACUAACACACCUUCUCCUUCUGAGCUCUAGUUUAUCUCUGACUCUAGUUUCUUCUAUGAGAACCCCCGGUACAUGAUGUUCAUCUGCAUGGUGAUCAACGACGCGCUGCAGCUGACCCUGGUGACAGCCCUCUACGUGGCCAGCUACAUCUUCAGGAAGAUCCACGCCUCUGUCUGCUGCUUUUUGAUCAUGACGGCCGUCCUCACCACCCGCUCCACCCCGCUCAUCCUGGCCGGCAUGGCCGUGGAGCGCUACAUCUCCAUCUGCUACCCGCUCCACUACAACCAGCUGUGCACCGUCCCCCGCACCGUCCUCCUCAUCAGCGUCAUCUUCGCCCUCACCGCCGCCCCGCCCAUCACCGACCUCCUCAUCACCCUGGUCAAGGAGCCCCCGAGCUUCUUCCACACCACCAUCUUCUGCGACCACGCGCUUCUGUUUCGCGACCGCUCCAUCUACUACAAGAACUGCGUGUUUGACGGGACGUACCUGUCCUUCGUGGCCCUGACGCUGCUCUACACCUACUGUAAGAUCAUGCUGGCCGCCCAGGCCGCCUCCGCGGGCCUGGCCUCCGUGAAGAGGGCGAGAAACACCGUGCUGCUCCACGGAGUGCAGCUGCUGCUGUGCAUGCUGGCCUUCGUGGUUCCCUCCCUUCAGGCCGCUCUGAUCUCCCUCUUCCCCAGACUGAGCCUGGAGAUCCGCUACAUCUUCUUCCUGCUCGUCUACAUCAUCCCUCGCUUCAUGAGCCCAGUCAUCUACGGUUUCCGAGACGAGCAGUUCAGGAAGUACUGGACGCGGUACCUGUCGUGUCGGAGUCACAGCGUAGUUAGGGUCAGGCCGGUGCUGCUGAAAGUCAACCUGCAGGUGAAAUGA